CCGCGCCCCACAAAUAGGGGUGGGCGUGACCUUUCUUACACCCAACUCUUUCCGCAAACCGAGUUGUUACAGCAGGAAAUGACUAAAGUGUGGCUAUACUCCUACCUUCACCUUCCCUGUGGAAUUCCCCCCUCUCCUACUCUCUCCACUAGUUAGGACUCCCGAUUCUGAUUUUGUUAAGAAGGACGCCAAGACGUAAUGAAGAAGCCAAAUGGACGCUAAAAAGCGACGCUCACAAGGCCUUUUACCAGGUCACGCUCCCUCAUCAAGCUCCGCCCACUCUCCCUACUCCCUCAUUCCGUCCGGGUCCCCGAGGCAUCCUGGGACAUGUAGUCUUUGAAAGGGCAACAGCUUUGACUAAGUCUCCUCCCCCAAGCUGCCUUUUGCUCUGGGGAUGUCGUGACGUUGCGUUCCUCCCGUCUCUUGCCUCCUCCCUCUUUCUUUUCCUCUCCAGAAGCUCAGUCCCAGACUUCCGAGAAUCUUUUACGACAUUGGGUCUCCGAGUCGGUCCCGGCGCCGGGUCCACUUUUCGGCAAAGUGACGUGGACGUCAACAGCAAUGGCGGAAGGAGAAGAGGUUCUGCUAGGGCCAACGUCAAGCAGUGACGGCUGGGAAAAAGAUCUUGAAGAAGCUCUGGAAGCAGGAGGUUGUGAUCUUGAAACUUUGAGAAAUAUAAUUCAAGGGAGACCACUGCCUGCUGAUCUGAGGGCCAAAGUUUGGAAGAUUGCUCUAAAUGUUGCAGGAAAAGGCGAUAGUUUGGCAUCAUGGGAUGGUAUUCUAGACUUGCCAGAACAGAAUGCUAUUCACAAAGAUUGUCUUGAGUUUAUUGAACAGCUUUCAGUGCCAGAAGAGAAGGCAACAGAAUUACUUUUGGAUAUUGAAUCUGUAAUUACCUUUUACUGUAAAUCACGUAAUAUUAAAUACAGCACAUCCCUUAGCUGGAUACAUCUACUGAAACCGUUGGUGCAUCUUCAACUGCCACGCAGCGAUUUGUACAACUGCUUUUAUGCUAUCAUGAAUAAGUACAUUCCCAGGGAUUGUUCUCUGAAGGGAAGGCCAUUUCAUCUUUUCCGAUUACUCAUCCAAUAUCACGAGCCUGAGCUUUGUUCUUUUCUUGAUACAAAGAAAAUUACUCCAGACUCCUAUGCACUCAACUGGCUUGGAAGCCUUUUUGCAUGUUACUGUUCCAUUGAAGUCACUCAGGCAAUAUGGGAUGGAUAUCUACAACAAGCAGAUCCAUUUUUUAUUUAUUUCUUAAUGUUAAUAAUCCUUGUUAAUACAAAAGAAGUUAUUUUAGCGCAGGAGUCGGGCAGCAAAGAAGAAGUUAUCCAGUUCUUGGAAAAUACUCCAUCCAGUUUGAAUCUAGAAGAUAUAGAAGAUCUCUUCUCUCUGGCUCAGUAUUAUUGCAGUAAAACACCAGCUUCUUUCAGGAAGGAUAAUCACCAUCUAUUUGGUAGUACUUUGUUGGGAAUUAAGGAUGAUGAUGCAGAUCUGAGUCAGGCUCUUUGUCUGGCCAUCUCGGUGUCAGAGAUCCUUCAAGCAAAUCAGCUUCAAGGGGAAGGAGUCCGGUUCUUUGUGGUGGAUUGCCGUCCUGCAGAACAGUAUAAUGCUGGGCAUUUAUCAACUGCUUUCCACUUAGAUUCAGAUCUGAUGCUCCAGAAUCCAUCUGAGUUUGCACAAUCAGUAAAAUCUUUGCUGGAAGCACAGAAGCAGUCCAUCGAGUCCGGCUCCAUUGCUGGUGGGGAGCACCUCUGUUUUAUGGGCAGCGGUAGAGAGGAAGAAGACAUGUAUAUGAACAUGGUCCUGGCACACUUUUUACAGAAAAACAAAGAAUAUGUGAGCAUUGCCAGUGGAGGAUUUAUGGCACUGCAGCAGCACCUGGCGGACAUAAAUGUGGAUGGACCAGAAAAUGGAUAUGGCCAUUGGAUUGCUAGUACCUCAGGCUCAAGGAGCAGUAUCAAUUCUUCUGUUGAUGGUGAAUCUUCUAAUGGCUCAAAUGAUAGAGGAAUGAAAUCACUAGUAAAUAAAAUGACUGUUGCUUUGAAGACGAAAUCCGUUAAUGUCAGAGAAAAAGUUAUCAGUUUUAUUGAGAAUACAUCAACUCCUGUGGACCGGCAUGUGAGCAGCAGUGACAGAGUGGGCAAGCCUUACCGUGGUGUAAAGCCUGUUUUCAGCAUUGGGGAUGAAGAAGAAUAUGACACAGAUGAAAUUGAUAGCUCUUCAAUGUCAGAUGAUGACAGAAAAGAGGUUGUAAACAUCCAGACUUGGAUAAACAAGCCAGACGUCAAGCAUCAUUUUCCUUGUAAAGAAGUUAAAGAAAGUGGACACAUGUUUCCUAGUCAUCUGUUGGUUACUGCAACACACAUGUACUGUUUAAGGGAGAUUCUUUCACGGAAAGGAUUGGCUUAUAUACAGUCUCGACAAGCACUAAAUUCUGUAGUUAAAAUUACAUCUAAAAAAAAACAUCCUGAGCUAAUUACCUUCAAGUAUGGAAACAGCAGUGCUUCAGGAAUAGAAAUCUUGGCAAUCGAAAGGUAUUUGAUUCCAAAUGCAGGAGAUGCUACCAAAGCCAUAAAACAACAGAUCAUGAAAGUUUUGGAUGCUUUGGAAAGUUAAUAUAAAAGAGAAUUAUUUCAAAAGAAAUUAAGGCAACCAAGAGAAAGAAACAUGGACAUAUUUUCCUGAUUGAAUACUAACUGAGGACCUUUCAUUUGCUCAUGGGGGUGCUUGAAUUGCAGGUCUAAGAAUGUGUAAAUUAUUAUAAUCAAUUUCUGGACAGUUAAAAUUUUUCUUAAAUUUUCUUUUGCAUUUUCGGUUUUGUAAAAUGAUUUAUAAAGGUCAGUUAUUAAAUGACUUUGAAGUAACUGACCCUAUGCCCUUAUGAACUAAGGGUGCAGAGCGCAGUUCUGUUUUGAAGAGCUGUGUUUUAAAAGGGAACAUGCAUCACUUUCAGAUUUAAAAACACCCAUACACAUAUAUACUUGCAAUGUCUUCACUGAAAAUUAGAGAUAGAAUUAGUUGAAGAGACCCCUUUAAUUGCUACAUUUAGUUUUAUCCACUGAGCAGUAUCAGAAACAAAGUAUUACAUAGAUUACUAGCUUGCUCUUUCUGUUCUUAAAAAAACGUGAAAUCUUUUUAAUGAAGUGGAUGAAGAUUCCAGCCAACUCGGAAAUGCAGUCCAGCUAGUUGAAGCAUCAGUUUCUAAAUCCUUUUUUGUGCCAUUAGCUAAUGAUUUGAACACUGGGUGCUUCACAUACUAAACUUCAUCCUAAUGGUUUCUAAGGAGCACUUAAAAGCUUAUAAUAAGUAGGUAGGCAUACUAAGAUUAAAACAAACAUUUUGGAGACAGAAUUGUACCUGUAAAAAUGUCAUUGGUCUUUAUUACAAGUGGAAUAUUUGAUUUAGGAUAUUUCAGAAAGUGUUGUACACACAUUGAUUUAUCCUUACUGAGGUUAUGGUCUGUGACCACACUAGUAUCCACUUAAAUAAAAGCCAGAUAAUAAGAGAGCUACAUAAAGAACAGUUGUUUUAUCAUCUGUUUCUGAAAUUCCUUUCUCUUCUUUGGUUUUUGUCUUCUCUUGCUAAAAGUUCCAGUGUAUUGAAACUAUUUUUAUUUUUUAAUAUGACAAAACUAAAAAGUGAUCAGCUUCAUUUUGCAGCUUUCUCAAUUUAAUUUAUUGAGGUCUAUAUUAGACACAUUUGGUGAGAAGAAAUCCGGGAACAUGUUUGGGGCUAUGGAAUGGCUCCUUAUAAAAUCUUUUUGGGAACUAGCAAAUCCUAACAAUCUGCCAUGUCCUAAAAUGUAAUGGAUUAUCUCUAAGGGGUUGAUAGGAGAAACAUUUAGAUGUACCGUAUUUAUAACCAGCUAUUUUAAUUUACUUAAUGGAAAUCAAGUGAAUUACAGGUAACAUAGUUCAAGAUAUUUUAUUCUAAUAUCUAAAUAAAAACCGUUUACUUGAGUGGUUGAAGACAUUUGCAUGAAAUUGCACCUGGUGCAGUACUUGAUAUUUAUAACUCUACCCACAGCGGUUGUAUUGCAUUUUUCUUUUUUUCUUUCUUUGGCGCCCCCUUUAGAAAUGCCCUGAAGUCUCCAUUUUUUGCCCAUUUCAGUCAUGGGACUUUUUUCAUAAUAUUAAUGUAAAGAUGUUUGUGUUACUGUUUAUAAAUUACAGUUGUAAAUAAACCAGUACGAUUUGCUCAUAACUUUGUUCUUAAUGACUCUCUCUCUCUCUCGUGCUCUUUCUCCCCUGCCCCUUCCCAUUUGUAAAUCUCUGUCGGUAACACAAUAUUAGAAAAUUGACGGCUACCCUUUCAGUGGAAUCUAACGUUCAGGUUUUAGGAUUGAAAGUAUUAGAUUCCUAUUUCUGCUCAUCUAUAUGGGGAGGGGGGAAGAGGUAGUUUAAAACUAAUGACAUUAAAU